AUGGGUGCGACGAAACGAGGACGUAGCGCAGCGGGAACGAAGCGAAAAGCUGUCGAACCAACGCGAAAAUCGGAUAGAGCGAAGCGAAGCUACGUACCACGAGAUGAUGAUGGAGUCAUUGUCCAAGUGCUGGGAUCGAAGAAGAUCAACGGAGUUGAGCAUUUCCAAGUCAAGUGGUCGGACGAUGUUCGACCAAAAUCCUGGGAGCCAGCAAAGAAUGUUCUCAAAGUAGCAAAAUCGCUGGUGGACGACUAUCAAGCAAAUGAGCCUGCUAGUGACCAGAAACCAGCGCAGAAAAAGUCAAAGGCAGCGCCUAAGCGCGGACAGUCUGCAAAGAGAACCAAAAAAUCAUCCGCUGACUCUGAAAGCAAUACUGUUGUUGGUCGAUCGAUCAAAGACGGACGGGUAGAGUACAAGUUCAAGAAAUCAGGAAAGACAAAGACAAUCCCUCUUCACAAACUCGACGAAGAAGAACUCGAGGCUGUCCAGAAGUACGAACGUAAAAUCAAGAAGGGUGAUUUCCCAGAGGAACUUUCGACGGAAGGCGCAAGCAGUGCUGGCCCGAAAGUCUUCAAUGUCGAGAAAAUUCUUGACCGAAAAGGAAGUGGCAAGAAUCGAAGAUACUUGAUCAAAUGGGAAGGCUACAAUAGCCACCAUAACACGUGGGAACCGAUCACUAACAUCGAGCCAGCGAGGAAAAUGGCCAAGGCGUUUGACAAAAAACAAGACGCGCUGGACGAAGAAGAGGCUACAAAAGAUUUCGAAGUGGAGAAAAUCGUCGAGGAAAAAAUUCGUCGCAACAAACCGUGCUUUUUGGUCAAAUGGAAAGGAUUCAACAGAGACUACAAUACAUGGCAAUCAGCCGAUAGUCUUGCAGACUGCUCUGAGAUUCUCGCCGCCUGGGAAAGCGUGAAACAGAAGAGAUUAGAAUCACAGCGUCAAGCUCGUGAGAGAAGAGAGAAGAGAAAGGAAGAAAGAAAGGUCCAGCAAGCAAAGGAGAAAGCUGAAGCUGCCGAAAAGGCUGCGAAGGAAUCCGCCGCGUCAUCAGGAAAAGAAUCAGCUCCAGAGAAGAAGCCCGAAGAUGCUGCAAAGGAGAAGUAG